AUGGCUGAUAAUGCUGCAAGUUUGAGACAGUUAAAGAUUAAAACUGGCGUAGUAAGAAGGUUAGUAAAAGAAAAAGCAAUGUAUGAGAAAGAAGUGAUUGAUCAGCAAGCAAGGAUUGAUAAGUUGAAAGCCAAUAAUGAAGAUGAAUAUGUGAUCAAAAAACAGAUUGAGGUAUUGCAAGAAUCCGAAAAUAUAAUUCCUGAUUGCCAGAAGCGAAUCAAAGCUGCUAUUGCUGACUUACAAAGACUGCUGGAAAACGAAUCAAACCUAGCCAGUUGUGAAGAAUACGAAGUUGCUAAAAAAUUACUAUCGGAAGUGACUGCUCAAUAG